AUGACAUUGUCAGAGGAGGAUAUAUUUACGCGUAUAAUGAUUUCGCGUCCUCUUCGUGAAUGGAAUGAUGUCGAAACAGCACUAUAUUGGGUUGAACAGGCAACAUGUAUGACAUAUAUGAGGAGUGAUUUUCAAAUACUGGACAACACUGAAGAAAGAACAAUAUAUAAAUUUGCUAAUUACAAAUGUUCUUGUUCAAUGAAGUUAGUAUAUAAUUCAAAUGUGAAUAGCAUUAGUGAUUUUAUUGAAGACUGUGAUGCAGGAUUUCAAAUCAAAUGGAUUGGCGAUCGUUAUGUGGUUGCUAAGUUUAACCUUAAACAUAAUCACACUCGACCUCUGUACCCUGGAGGGACAAUACUAAUGAAGGAAAGUAUAACAGCUGAAAAAGAAAGAGAGCAGAGUUCUAGUAAUGAAAGCAAUUCACUGACAAUACAAGAUCAAUUAGCCCAAAGUAAUAAUAAUAAGACAUCAGAUGAAGUUAUUUGUAGUGUAACUCAAACACGUUAUGAAGCAAUUGAAACAUAUCGAUUGUAUCCAGAAGUAGUUGUUUUAAGCGCUACUCACAAUGCAACAACAACACGUAAAGCUUCAGUAUUCCAAUUCAUUGUGAUCGAUGGUUUUGGAUAUGCUAAACCAAUUAUGUACUGUAUGAGUACUAUUCAACAACAGGAUGUAUUGUCAACAUUUCUUAAACACUUUUCUCUUAUUCCACAAAAUGUCAAUAAAACUCGUACAUUUAUAAUGGAUUGUGCAUUUAACAGAAAAUGUAAGAAUCCUACAGCUAUUGCCUAUUUUCGUGCUAUGAUAACUACACAAUCUCGUCUACAAUUUGAUUAUUUUAUAGAGAGAUUGCAAUGUACAGAUGUGGAUGCCUACAAUUAUGUGAUGAAUAGAUGGAUGCCUAUGAAAUCCAAUUGGGCGGUUAGUUUCUAUAGUGAUGAUGUGAUUACAUUAGGCGUCAAUGUUAUUGAUAUCAUCAAAAGUGUUAAUCCUAGUAUAAAAGAAUCAUUAAAAAAUUUGACUGAUAUUAAAGAUUGUUUAACUGUAUUACAUAAUGAAGCUGAAAAACAUUGGAUAUCACCAAAUCGAAUUAAUCUGCCAUUGACUCAUUUAACUAAAAAUGAGGAGAGUAAUGACAAUAAUAAUAAUAAAAUUGUUAUACCAGAGAAAUUAAAAAGUAUCUUCAAUCAAUUAACUGAUUAUGCUGCAGAUAUGAUGUACAAUCAUUCUAUUCGAAUGAAUGAAAUUCAUGUUGACUUUAUCAAUUCUGGUAUAGCUUUAUGUAAAGAUGGUUAUUUUCAAUAUGAAGUCAAUCGAAAUGAAUCAACUUGUUCCUGUGCAUUCAAUGUGUCAUCUUUUCUACCAUGUGAACAUUUAUGUCUCAUCUAUCUACGCUAUGGUUUAUAUAAAGAGUAUUAUUUGAAAGAAGAGAACACGAAGUUCAGCAAAGAUCGAGAUCCUUUCGGCGAUUUCAUUCUCAAAAGCAGCUGUACAAUCGCAUUUAUAUAGAUUAUUUUACAUGGAUACAAUUAUUAUUUGUUUUUGAACAAUGCAAGAACUACAGUUUUAGCAGAAUAAAAUGGUACCAUCUUUUAUUUCG